AAUGCUCUUUGGUGUGUCUUUUGCAGUGUGACAUCUGGUCGCUGGGGAUAACCGCCAUCGAAAUGGCUGAAGGAAAACCACCAUACACAGGGCAAUACCCAGUGGAGGACCUGAUAAUUGAAGCCCAACCACCAAAGCUUCAAUCAAACACCUGGUCACAGCAUUUUGUGUCCUUCUUGGAGUCCUGUCUGAAAAAGGACCCUUUGGAGAGAGGGAGUGCUGAAGAACUCCUGCAGCACCCAUUUGUCACCCAACUGCCACCUAAGAAGAUCGUCAGGGCUGAGAUUGAAGAACAUCUCCGGACUCUGCAGAACCUGCCGGCCAAGAAAGGACUGAAGGGAGUUGCUCUCUCAAAGCUGCGGCGUGCUUGUGACUUCUGCACACAGACAUCGGCAGAACAAGAAGCAGCUCUGCAAAUGGCCCUGGAGGGCUUCUCCUGUUAUUGAUCUUGUGGCCAAUAACAUCAACAGCCCAGAAUGAGUUUCCUGAAUCACAGCCGAGGAAAAAGAAACAUCCACAGGAUCCAGUGGCGUCUGCAGCUCCACCAGCAACAUCUCCUUUCAAGCUGAUGCAGUUCAGCAAGUGGUAACUUCAAGAUUCCUGCAACUACACCAGCAGGGACUUUAUCUCCUUCUGUAGCUCCAUGAUCAUAUUCUUUUCAGACUACCACAUCUCCACCAGUGGUGUAUUUGCUUCAUUUUACCUCACUCCACCCACACAUAUCUCCACCUCAUUUUGAGGUGCCAUAGUUCCAUCCAUCUUCCUUUUUUUGCAGACUACUACAACUCCAACAUCAUGCCUUAGGCAUCUACAUUUCACAGAACUAUAGCUCCAACAUUCAUAUCCACCUCUACAGCUCCACUAGCAGCAUUCACAUUUUCAAACACCAUAGCUCCACUAUUAGGACCUUAAGGUGGCCAUACACGGGCCGAUAAAAGCU